GUUGUGUCAGAAAAUCAAUGUUUUUGUUUACUGCGUUGUAAAUUGGAAAUUCCUGUUUCAAUUCGUUUGGUGUAUUCCUUUGGAAAAUAAAUCAACGGAAUGGAAACAACUACUUCAGCAGCGGGAAAACCUUCCUCUAUGUCGGCACCUUCGACCGCGUCGAAAAGUUUUGCCGAAAAACAUGCCGAGAGGAUGGAACGCUUGAGGAAACUUCAUACGCAGCGAAACGAAGCUCGGAACUCAAAUCACCAGGAAGUGAUAGCGGAAGAUGAACGAAAAAAGUUACCUGCCAAUUGGGAAUCUCGUAAACGACAGGCUGAUUGGCUAGUCGAAGAUAGCAAAGCCAAAGUGGAAGCUGAUGCCAGGGGACUAGAUUACAACCGUGUCAAAUUGCUGAAGGUUUCGGCAGCAGAAGCGGACCGUUUUGAUAAGUUGAGAGCGAAAAAGAAAAACACCGAUCCAGGUUUUUCGGAUUACGAAGCACAAACUGCGCGGCAGUAUGGGCGACUGAUAAAGGGUAUGGAACCACGGGAUUUGGUCAAAUACGAGGAGCAAAAGCAGAAGUAUGGUGACGCAUUCUACGGAGGUCCGAAUGUGGUGUUGCAGGGAUUGCAUAAUGAUACCCCAGGGGCGAUUGAUAAGAUGGUGAAGGAUCUCGAGCAACAGAUCGAUAAGAGGAAGAAGUUCUCGCGCAGGAGAACCCACAAUGAUGAUGCGGAUAUCGAUUACAUCAAUGAGAAAAACGCAAGGUUCAACAAGAAGCUGGAACGGUUCUAUGGGGAACAUACAGCCGAAAUCAAGCAGAAUUUGGAAAGAGGAACUGCUAUUUAAGAGGGUAUUUUUAUCAGUGUAAUUUACUUUAGAUUAAGUAAUUCUCAAAAACAGUGGUACAGAGAAAAUUAAUAUGUUUAAGGUGCAGUAGCCUGAACAAUUAAAGUAGUUCCCCAUUUCUUGCGAUCCCUUUCCCGCAAUAUAUAAAUAUAAUAGAAGGUAAUAUUAUUUUAUUGUUGCAACCGAAUUGAAUGAAUAAAAUACAAAUAAUAAAUCAUAUUUCCGUGGCAAUAUUGAUGAAGUAA